AUGUCUACGAAGGUGGCAUUGAUCACGGGCGGAGCCUCUGGCAUGGGCCUCGCCGUGAGCCAGUCUCUAGCUGCCCGGGGUUGGAAGCUUGCGAUUCUCGACCGAAACCCAACCCCGACCGGCGAACAGACCCAGACCACGGGAAAAUCGGACAGCAUCUUCAUCGAAGUCGACGUCAGCGAUUUCAAGGCCUUAGGAAACGCUUUUGUACGAGCAUGGGAGCACUAUGGCCGGCUUGACUUUGUGUUCGCAAAUGCAGGGAUCAUUGACAGACAGUCCUUCUAUGCCGUGCAGCAGUCGGAUUCGGCCGGUCUCCCACCCCCACUGAACAUGGAUGUGCUCAAGGUCGAUCUUGACGCCGUCAUCUCGACGUGUUACCUGGCGCAGCAUUUCUUUCGCAAGAACAAGAACAAGAACACGAACAGCGCCGCCGGUGGUGACGACGUUGGUGGUGGAGGCGGCGGCAGCAUCAUCAUCACUGCAUCCAUCGGCUCCUUCUAUCCCACGGCCGACCUGCCCCUAUACAGCGCGGCGAAACACGGCUGCGUUGGUUUCAUGCGAUCCAUCGCCGGCCGGUUGAUGAAGGAGAAGAUUCGCGUCAACUGCAUCUGUCCGAGCAGUGUCAAAACAUCUCUGCUCAGCCAAGAUGCCUGGGAUGCCUUCCCGACCGAAUUGGAUACUCCGAUCUCCAAAAUCGUCGAGGUCGUCAACCUGGUCCUCGACGACGACACCAUGUAUGGCCAAGCAAUUGAGAUUAUGAUGCAGGACCAUCAGAGUAGAGACCCUAUCCCAUUCGGCAAUGAGAAGAUCAAAGCAAUCUGGGAGGUUGAGAACCAGGUAUAG